AUGGCCCCCUCUCAGCUCCCCCCGAUCUUCAACCCCACCUCCCAGGACAUUGAGAUGCUCCUCGCAGCUCAGUGCCACCUCGGGUCCAAGAACCUCCAGUCUCACAUGGAGCCUUACCUCUGGAAGACUCGCCCCGACGGUGUCAAUGUCAUCAACAUUGGCAAGACCUGGGAGAAGAUCCUCCUCGCUGCCCGUAUCAUCGCCGCCAUCGACAACCCGGCCGACAUCUGUGUCAUCUCCGCUCGUCCCUACGGCCAGCGUGCUGUCCUGAAGUUCGCCUCCCACACCGGUGCUACCGCCAUUGCUGGUCGUUUCACCCCCGGUAACUUCACCAACUACAUCACCCGCUCUUUCAAGGAGCCCCGCCUGAUCAUCGUCACCGACCCUCGCACCGACGCCCAGGCCAUCAAGGAGGCCAGCUACGUCAACAUCCCCGUCAUUGCCCUUUGCGACACUGACUCCCCCACCGACUUCGUUGACGUUGCUAUCCCCACCAACAACAAGGGUCGCCACGCCAUCGGUCUCGUCUGGUGGCUCCUUGCCCGUGAGGUCCUCCGCCUCCGUGGUACCCUCGCUUCCCGUGAGGUUGACUGGGACGUCGUUGUCGACCUGUACUUCUACCGUGACCCCGAGGCUGAGGAGAACAAGGAGGUCGUCGAGGAGAAGGUUGCCAGCGCUGAGGAGGUCGGUGCUGGUGCCAUCGAGUCCGGCUUCGCUGGUGAGAACUGGGAUGUUGCCGGUGCCGGUGCCGGUGUUCCUGGCACUGCUUUCGCUGCUGCUAGCGCUGCUGCUGGUGCUGCCAGCUGGGAGGCCGAGGGUGGCGACUGGGCUGCCAGCUCUGCCGCUCCUGCUGGUGAGAGCUGGGCUGAGGCCCAGCCCACCGAGGCUAAGUGGUAA